AAAAUGGACAAACUGAUCACUGCAACUGCAGAAACGCAAAAAAAUAGAUUCUCGAAAUCUCGAAGGUCGAAAAAUCCACAAAAAAAUGACUUGUAAAUAUUUACAUUUUUAGACUAAAAUUCAAGCUCAAUUUAAUUUAUUACUUUAUAUUAAUCAAUAAUACACUAAUUAAGAUACAAACAACACUAAUUGAGAACGAAAGAGACAUUGUUGGACAAUUCAUCACUGAUCAGAGCAACGAUAGAAAAUUCUUCAUUCUGUAAAUGUAUUUUAUUGUGUUCGGUCGUGAAAAAAUUUAUUUCCUGUAAAAAAUUCGGUAUAUUCGUGUUUAAAAGCUUAAUUAAGCUAUUAAUUAUAUCUAGAACAGAUUGUUUAACCAGUGUAUAAGGUGGAAAAGCUGGAAAAAUAGUUAAAAAGUGCACAAAAUUCGAUAAAAAGGAUUAGUCAUACGAGCAAUUUGGAUUUUUCCACAACAAAAAAGAAUUUAAAAGUAUAUACAGCUAAAUCAUAAGCAAAAUGGGAACUAAUUCAUGGGGAAUUGAGUUAUGGGACCAAUUUCACAAUAUAGGGGCACACACAUUAAAAGGAAUUGAUUUUCUAGACAAAUAUGGAAACUUUGUCAAAGAUCGCUGUGCCAUUGAAAUCGAAUAUGCCGCAAAGUUAAGACGACUUGCAAAAAAUUACCAACCAAAAGGAAAGAAAGGAGAAGACGAAGACAAUGAAUUUACAUCAUAUCAAGCAUUUAAGAAUGUACUGAAAGAAACGAAUGACUUGGCAGGACAGAGAGAAGUCGUCGCAGAAAAUCUUCAAUCACAAGUCAUUUCGGGUAUAAAUUUAUUGUCAAAAACUUUACGCGAUGAGAGGAAAAAAGCCAUUCAAGAGGGAAAUGAUCUUACACAGCAAUUAGUUUCCCAGAUAUCUGCAUUAGACCGAGCAAAGAGAAAUUACGAGAAAGCAUACCGUGAGGCAGAAAAGGCUGUUGAAAAUUAUCAGAAGGCAGAUGCAGAUUUUAACUUGAGUCGAGCAGAGGUUGAGAAGCAGAGACACAAUAUGACACUUAAAUGCGCUCAGUCAGAUGAUGCCAAAAAUGAAUAUGCCAAUCAAUUACAAAAAUCUAAUAAACUUCAGCAUUCACACUAUCACACAUCAUUACCUGCAGUAUGUAAUAAAUUGCAAGAGCUUGAUGAGAAACGGACGCAAGGAAUUAAGGAAUUUAUUAGGUCAUCUGCAGAUUUAGAGUCACAAGUGGCGCCAAUUAUUGCACGAUGCCUUGAGGGCAUUGUGAGAGCAUCCGAGUCAAUAAGAGAGAAGGAAGACUCAUUUAAAGUGAUAGAACGAUAUCAAUCAGGUUUUCAGCCGCCUGGAGAUUUGCCAUUUGAAGACUUAUCCAAAAUGGAUAGCGAAUCGACACACAAUUCACAAAACAGUUUCCCAUUACCCAAUCAUCCAACCAUUAAAGGAACAAUAAGUGGUAAAGGAAUUAAGGCACGCAAGGGAAUUUUCACCAUCUUUAGUAGUAACAAGAAGUUACUCGAAGCCUGCAUAACAGUUAAGAAUACAAUAACUGCCGAUGGCAUGAAGGAUGAUUUUAGCGACCUUCCACCGUCACAACGUAAGAAAAAGUUGCAGUCAAAGAUACAAGAAUUACAAAAGAGUAUUGGCCAAGAACAAGGAGCACGUGAUGGUCUUAUAAAAAUGAAGGGAGUAUACGAGAGUAAUGCUCUGCUCGGUGAUCCACAAACUGUACAAGGACAAUUAAAACAAUGUGAACAUAAUCUCGAGAAGUUUAAGAAUGAGUUAAGGAAAUAUCAAAUAUUAUUAGACGAAAUGAAUACAAACCAUAAUAACCAACAUAGUCCACAACCGAAUCGUAUUACUCACCACCAAAAUGGAAAUCAUCGAUCAUCUCGACAUUCCAACGGUAGCAAUGACGAUGGAGAUGAAGCAGUUGACGAUGCCCGAAGUUUGAGCAGGUCAGCAUCAGAGAAUAAUGUCAAUCAACAAAAUGGUGCACAAAAUGGGCUCUUAAACAUAAACAAUAAUAACAAUGAAAAUAACAAUAACGGUAGUAGUUCGGCAAGUCCUGAAAGCGGUCUUGGAACGUCGCACUCUUCACUGCCAGGUUCAGGCCAAGGUAGCACGAAUGAUCAACAUUUGAGCGAGGAUAUGUAUUAUGAAUCCGAUGCUUUACAACCUCUUGGGACUUGUAAAGCACUUUAUCCAUUCGAUGCUACAAGUGAAGGAAGUAUUCCAAUGGCGGAAAGCGAAGAACUUUAUGUGAUAGAACUCGAUCAAGGAGAUGGAUGGACGAGAGUACGCCGAAUGGUCAGCGGCAAUAUGAUGGAAGAAGGUUUUGUUCCUACAAGUUAUAUUGAGAGUACACUGUAUGCGUAGAAUUAGAAAGUAACCAACUCAUCUAUUUUUAAAUGAGACACAAAGGAUGGAAAUAAUUACUUGCAUCGAGUAAGGAAUUUAACAUACAACCUUAAUCCCCAACAUCUAUCUUUGACGAUCAAUUUAUAGAUUUAUGAAAGUAUAAAGCUCACUAAGGUUUGAUUGAUUGGAACGACUUUGCGCAACUUUAUUGUAGUGGAAUUGUAAAGACUUUUGCUUAAUUCAAAAGUUGCUCAACUUUUACGAGUUAUACGAAUUGCAUAUGUUGAGAAAUUAUAGAUAGUGAUGGAAGGAAGUCGUAAAUUAUUUAAAGAUUUAAAAAAAAUGUGUCAAAGGGAUUGAUUUAUGUUCUUGUACUAGCUCAAACUUUCAAACAAGCUUACUCUCAUGAUAUUUCAAGUCAUUAAAUGCAAAACCAAUGAUCAAUAAUUUCAUUUCUAUUAUAAAAGUGCAUAGAAACGACACAUACACACAUAAUAAAGUUUUAAAUUAUCACUAACAUACAUACAAUAAAUUACAGAAACGUUUUUGUAGCGUAA